GACGAAACGACCUAGGACAGAAGAGAGCUAUAAAUAAGUUUAAAGGAAACUAGUAGAGAAAGCUGAGUAAAAAGGCACUAAGUGAAGAGGUAAGUAAGUGAGUAAAUAAAAGGUAAAGAACAAGCAAGAAAUAGCGAAAGCGACGUCGUGCGUGCUGUUGUCGCUCAGUGCGGAAAGAAGACUUCAUCUCCCAAGUCACAAAGGAGGCGAACCUCCCGCACGCAGCCGAAGAUGGGAAAGCACGGGAGUAAAAAGGCGUACAGAGUAGCAGAAGCAGACCUCUCCGUGCGGCCCAAGCAGAUCGAAGACGAGUAUGAACCAGGGAAGAUGAUGCAGCAGUGGGAGAAAAUCCCCUGGCGAGGUGUCGCGAUAAUGGUGGCCACGUGGUGUGCAGAUAGUGCCAUCCAGUACUGGGUGAUAGAAGGCGACUCCAAAAGAGUCAUACGACUAAAAGUACUCGGAGAGGACGGCGCCACAUACUCCGCAACAAUGACCUUAACGUGGUAUCGCAGAUCCAAGAAACUGCAACUGCAGGGAGGCGUCAAAGCAAGCAAGAUCGUCUGUAUGAUAGACCACUUCUUUGGUCACUACUACGGCCCGUCGCCGCAUCUACCGGUGGAGUACCCGUAUAGGGUCAAGCUUGACGACGUGUGGAAGCAGAACAACGAACUAACAGAAGCGCAAGUAGAAGAAGAAGAGGAAUGGCUGCCGAGCUUCAGAGACGGGAGAGUCGUUAUGCCGACCGACCACGUCACAAAAGUCGCCGCGCGAGGCACAAGAGAACAACAGAAGGCGCUGGCGGAUAGAGAGAAGGAGCAGGCCUUAAAGGACAUGCAAACGCGAAUCCAGCUACAGAGAAUGAACCAGUGGGAUUGCGAAGGCACUGACGCGGCAUCCACGAUCGUAGAUGCGGACCAAGGUCUCCUAUUGGAGAACGGUACGAUGUGGGAUCCUACAGAAGACGACGACGUAGAAGGAUCGACGAUAGCUUCGGCAGCAGCUCCCACAUACGCCAUACAGGCACCGAGCUCGUCUUCCGCAUCAACAGCAACAUCUUGCCCAACAUUGGGCGGCGUGCAGAUGGGCGCGCAGAUGCCUUAUUGGCCACAGCAGCAAGCUCAGUACGCCUGGCCAGGUCUCAGCGCCAAUCCGAUGAUGGAUCCGCAUCUGAUGCAAAUGCAUAUGCAGCUGCAGCAGCAGCAGAUGAUGUGGAACAACUGGCAAGCAAGCAGCUGCUACGGAGGCAUGCCGGGCGACAAUCAAGAGUACGCCACGCAGCUUCAGAAUAUGAUGCUUCAACAGCCGGGCGAGCAUGACCCGCUGAAGAGUGGAGCUAAACCACCGACGAGAGAAGGCGUAGGCAGUAAGAAGCACAGCGUCGAAGUCAUCGCCAUGAAGCGGCACCUCUCACAGCAAGAAGAGUGCUGCGACAGAAGCAACUCUGCCGCACACACAGGCAUCACCGCCACGAGCGCGUUUAAGCGACCAGCUCCGACCGUAGGACGUAUGCAGAGUAGCCGCCUGCAAUCGAAGGAUGACGCUUCUGCUGCAGGAGACGCGCGUUGGGAAGACGAAGAGUUCUCAUAUGAGCAGUACGUGCAGUUCAUGAAGAAUCAGAAGACGGCCACCGCGCAAAACACAGGCCGGGAGAGGAGCAGCCCAUAUGGAACCAGCAAAGGCUGCGGUAAAAUUGGCGCGCAGGAAAAGGGCGCCGUGGUACGCGGUAAGCAGUCAAAAAACAGCGAUCGUCGGAAAUCACCGCAGAGCGGACCGCAGUCGACGACUGUCGCCAGCGCGAGCAAGGGGCAAAAGAACCUACGCGUGAAAGGGAAAAACUGGGCGCCGAUGAGCAAGGGGUACGGCCCAGCGAGAAACGCCGCGUCUUCCUCUUCCUCCACCUCAGCAUCGCACUCGAAGGCAAGCGGGAGCAGGCGUUGAAGAGACAGGGCAGCUCACCGAAAUAGUAACGCAAGUAGUAUGGUAUCAUGGUUUCCCCACCAUGCGGCGACGCGAACGAAGAGCACCCCUCCGUUUCUUUAUAACUAGUUCGCGGUAGCAUUUUCACUUUUCUCGGUGCUCUUCCUUCGCCUCCUCUGGUUCGUUCAGGCCGCCUUCUCGUGCGUGAGCGAACUUUUCGCCCUUUCUUGCCCCUUCUUCCCCUCCUCUCUUCUUCUAAUGUAACAAGAGUUGGACGUAUUCCAGGGAUAUGGAUAUCCCACGUUAAGCAAGUACGCAAGCGGCAAGUAAUAGUCUUACAACGGUAAGGUCAAACGUCGCGGCCGUUCGAGGGAAGAACAGCGCGCUCAUAGCGUAACUCUUUUGUUAUUCGAUUACUUAGCCUUCCGUAUACUUCAUGUUCGCGGCUAGGGUUGUGUGUCGCGUUCAUAAGUCUUUCCCCUCGUUCUUCCCUCGGUUCUGCGGUUCAUAUGGGCUCUUAGGGCGCACAUGAACUUGCCGCUUCUCGUUGCCGUCCUUGGUCAUAGGAGCUUCUCUAAUUCCGGAAUCCAAGUGUGACGAUCCAAGAGACGUAGUAAAACAUCAGCGGGCGUCAGUAUAGCAGUUUUCGAUAUCCAUACUCCGGCGUGACAUCUGCGCCGACAGACGAGUAGCGACCAAUGCGAGGGAGCUAACGCGUGAAAACUUUUUUUUUACAUAACAGAAAGGAAGUAAUAGCAACUCUGUAGUCUGAUAAAGUGAAAACAACAACAACAACAACUACCAUAAACAGCGAAAGCAAAACCUUCUAACUACAAAUAGUUGCAGGCUUACGUCUACCCAUUUUUUACAAAGCAACAUUGUCUGACUUGAUUGUGAAACUUAAAAAGUACGGCAGGAACAGAGAAAAGCGGUAGCCCCUCCGAAGGAUCAGCUUGAACAAGAACGAGAUCACGUGAACAAGUUCCCAGUAUAAAAGAAGACCAAGGACCUAGACAACCAUGACAAAGAUCAUGAAAGGUAGAGAACCCAGUAACUGCCACAAAAAAAGCACUAUCAUGAAGGGAAGGACUUCCUUCAAAUUCAGGCAGGCGGCAUAUACUAACUUUAUAAGAACUUCUGCACU